GAGACGACAAAGCUUGACAAUGUCAAUCUUUUACGUCCCGUUCCGUCGAGUCGGCGGUACCACGUGAUCUUAUUAACCAAUCACGACAGCUGUGACGUCAUUACUACAGAACACGCGCAGCGCGAAGAAUCAACAUUGUUUCUAGUGUCCCAGAGUGUACUGCACGUUGGAACACGUUACGAGAGCGAUACGCUAAAGAAAAAAGGCUUCAAGCAGAAUCGAGGAGUGGAGCAGGAGCUUCUCAAAGGCCAGUGUGGCCCUACUGGAGUGCGCUGUCUUUUCUAAACCCCUACAUGCGUCAUAGAAAAUCCGUAACAAAUUUAUCAAUACCACCUUCUGCAUCAUUCGUACAACUGCCACUUUCAUCACCAACUCUUUCGGUAUCUUCUUUCGACGAUGAAGUAUCAACAAUACCAUCACCAGACAACAUGGAUUCUACCCAGGAUACGGAAGACCUGUGUUUUGAGACUCAAUCCACGCAAUAUGUGGAAAAUGUGCCAUGCCGAGUCAUUGCUAGUUGUCCUCCCGUAGCAACAAUUCCUACCCUACCGAACUUGAAAACAACGAAAGCUACUGCUGCUUCCUUGCCCUAUCUAGGCUCGACUGGACGGUGCAAGAAGCCAAAAAUGGAUGACACUGCAGAAAUGUUCAGAGAGACUCUCGUCAAUCUCAAUAAAAGCAUGGCAGCACCCAAUCCGCCCUCGCAACAAAUUAACAGAAGUGACCCCGAUCAUUUGAUUGGCCAGAGUGUCACGGCAAGUUUGCAGUCAAUACAAAAUAAAGUUCUGAAGCUGCGAUUUAGAAAAAGAUUCAGAGAAUUGGUUCAGGAGUGUGAAGAGGCGAUUUUUGAAGAAGUAUGAUGGUUGUGUACUCACUGUUUUAUUCACAUAUUUCAAAAUAUUCGUUUUAUUAUAAUUUCUGUAUGAUUACUGUGAUAUUUAAAAUAAAAUAAACUAUUGUAGUAGAUAUUAUCCAUGUACUUAUA